CCUCCAGACUUCAGUAAUGAUUCAGGACCCUCAGAUUUCCAAAUAAUAAAGAGACCUGUUUGUGUGGAGGAACGAUCCGGAACACCACGACUGCAGAUAUCCAGUCAGUCCAGAAGUGUAACAGCAGAUGGAGGUCUACAGGAGGUUCUAGAUGAACACAGGAUCAGUCUGAGGGAGAGAUGUGAACAUGUGACUGAAGGAACUGAUGGAGCAGGAAGUAGAACCCUCCUGAACAGGAUCUACACUGAGCUCUACAUCACAGAGGGACAGAGUGAAGAGGUGAACAGCCAACAUGAGGUGAGACAGCUUGAGACAGCUUCCAAGAUGGAGAGCCUCCAUGAGACUCCAAUCAAGUGUCAGGACAUCUUUAAAGCCUUACCUGGCCAACAGAAAGCCAUCAGAGUGGUUCUGACCAACGGUGUGGCUGGUGUUGGAAAAACCUUCUCUGUGCAGAAGUUCACUCUGGACUGGGCAGACGGCUCAGAAAACCAGGACGUCAGUCUGCUGGUUCUGCUUUCAUUCAGGGAGCUGAACUUGAUCAGAGAUGAGCGCUACAGUCUUCUGGAGCUGCUCCGUGUAUUUCAUCCAACAUUCCAGAAGGUCAGAGCGGAGACGCUGGCUGUCUGUAAACUUUUGUUCAUCUUUGACGGCCUGGAUGAAAGCAGACUGUCGAUGGAUUUCAACAUCAGUGAGGCUGUGUCUGAUGUGUCAGAGGAGUCAUCGUUAAACGUGCUGCUGACAAACCUCAUCAAGGGGAAUCUGCUUCCCUUAGCUCUCAUCUGGAUAACGUCUCGACCUGCAGCAGCCAAUCAGAUCCCUCCUUCAUGUGUGGACAGGGUAACAGAGGUCCGAGGCUUCACUGACGCCCAGAAGGAGAAGUACUUCAGGAGGAGGUUCAGUGAUGAAGAUGUGUCCAGCAGAAUCAUCUCCCACAUCAAGACAUCCAGGAGCCUCCACAUCAUGUGUCUGAUCCCAGUCUUCUGCUGGAUCACUGCUACAGUUCUGGAGCACAUGAUGAGCACGAAGCAGAGAGGAGAGCUGCCCAAGACCCUGACUGACAUGUACUCACACUUCCUGUUGGUUCAGACCAAGAGGAAGACGAACAAGUAUGAUGAGGGAUCUCAGAUGAGUCCUGAGGAACUCAGCAGAUCUGACAGGGAAGUUCUUCUGAAGCUGGGGAGGCUGGCAUUUGAACAUCUGGAGAACGGAAACAUCAUGUUCUACCAAGAAGACCUGGAGCGCUGUGGUCUGGAUGUCACAGAGGCCUCUGUGUACUCAGGAGUUUGUACUGAGAUCUUUAAAAGAGAGAGUGUGAUCUUCCAGCAAACAGUCUACUGCUUUGUUCAUCUGAGUGUUCAGGAGUUUCUGGCUGCAGUCCACAUGUACCACUGUUUCACCAACGGGAGCACAGAUGUCAUUGAGGCAUUCUUAGAAGACAUCAGACACAAAAAAUCAUCUAGUAAGUCUCUGUAUGACUUCCUGAAGCAUGCCAUGGAGAAAUCCCUGAAAUGUCCAAAUGGACACCUGGACCUGUUUGUUCGCUUCCUUCACGGCCUCUCUCUGGAGUCCAACCAGAGACUCUUAGGAGGUCUGCUGGGUCAGACAGACAACAGUCCAGAAAUGAUCCAGAGAGUCAUCAAGAACCUGAAGGAGAUGAACAGUGAUGGUGUCUCUCCUGACAGAAGCAUCAACAUCUUCCACUGUCUGAUGGAGAUGAAGGACCUCUCAGUACAUCAGGACAUCCAAAAGUUCUUGAAGUCAGAGAGCAGAUUAGGGGAGAAACUCUCUGAGAUCCAGUGCUCUGCUCUGGCCUACAUGCUGCAGAUGUCAGAGGUUCUGGAUGAGUUCUAUCUGAGCCAGUACAACACAUCAGACCAGGGACGACUGAGACUGAUUCCAGCUGUGAGGAACUGCAGGAAGGCUUGGUUGUCAUACUGUGGUUUGUCAGAGAUCAGCUGUUCUUCUCUGGCCUCAGCUUUAAUGUCCAACCCCUCACAUCUGAGAGUGCUGGACCUGAGGAACAACAACAACCUGCGGGAUUCAGGAGUGGAGCUUCUUUCUGCUGGACUGAAGAGUCCAAACUGUCGACUGAGGACUCUGAUGUUGAUCAGCUGUGGUUUGUCAAAGAUCAGCUGUUCUUCUCUGGCCUCAGCUUUGAAGGGCAACCCCUCACAUCUGAGAGAGCUGAACCUGACGAAGUCCAUCACCCUGCAGGAUUCAGGAGUGGAGCUUCUUUCUGCUGGACUGAAGAGUCCAAACUGUCGACUGGAGACUCUGAGGUUGGAAGGCUGUGGUUUGUCGGAGAUCAGCUGUUCUUCUCUUGCCUCAGCUUUAAACUGCAACCUCUCACAUCUGAGAGCGCUGAACCUGAGUUACAACAGGCUGCAGGAUUCAGGAGUGGAGCUUCUUUCUGCUGGACUGAAGAGUCCAAACUGUCUUCUGGAGACUCUGAGGUUAAUAGACUGUGGUUUGUCAGAGAUCAGCUGUUCUUCUCUGGCCUCAGCUUUAAUGUUCAACCCCUCACAUCUGAGAAAGCUGGACCUGAGUUACAACAAGCUGCAGGAUUCAGGAGUGGAGCUUCUUUCUGCUGGACUGAAGAGUCCAAACUGUCGACUGGAGACUCUGGAGUUGAUCAACUGUGGUUUGUCAGAGAUCAGCUGUUCUUCUCUGGCUUCAGCUUUAAUGUUCAACCCCUCACAUCUGAGAGAGCUGUGGCUGACCAAUAACAACCUGCAGGAUUCAGGUGUGAAGCCACUGUCUGAUCUUCAGAAGGAUCGAGACUACAGACUGGAGUUUCUGAUGUAA